AUGGAGAUCGCGGCGACGCGAAAGCAAACCCAAAUGGAGAUCCAGUACCGCGACACCCUCCUUGGCGACAUCCGCUCCGCCUUCGACAAAGCUGUGGAAGCCCUGCCGCAUGAGCAUCUUCGCGCCCCCGUUACUGGUGACGAGGCGAACGACCCUGAGGGAGCCCUUCGCUGGUUCCAAGACUAUGCCUUCACCCAGGGUUUCGCUCUCGUCACUACCAGCAAGGCACGCGACCGCCUCCGAGUGAGCUGCAUCCAUCAUGGAAGAGGCACGCGAAACACGCGAAAGCUAUCGGAUACGGUCACAGAGGGAGGGGACCGAAAGAAGGAGCUCACCUACGUCAAGGCAAAGGACUGUCCCUACAGUCUUUAUGUCUCCUACAAAACUAUCCGGAGCGGAGGGGUAGAGGAGCGAAAGGGCUGGGUGGUCGGUUUCACCUACGCAUGCCAUACGCACCCGCCACUUCAAAAUCCCUUCCAUUACGCCUGCCAUAGAUCCCGUAUCCCAGAGCGGGCCGCAGCAGUCGAUCUGGCCCUCGCGCAUCGGACUGCCAUUCGUCGGCGACUGAAUUAA